CUGUAUCUUAUUUUCUAGUCAAUGCUGGCAUUAUGUGUUGAAGCUGGGAAGAUGAAUGUGAAAAAUGUUCCUCGUCCUGAAGCCAAAAAUGGACAGCUUCUCAUCAAAGUUGCUGCGACCGCUUUAAACAGAGCCGAUCUGCUUCAGAAACAGGGACUUUACCCUGCUCCACCUGGAGAGAGUGAAAUCCUGGGUCUGGAGGCCAGCGGGGUGAUCUCUGACAUCGGCCCUGAGGUCAAAGGGAACUGGACGCUGGGAAGUAAAGUGAUGGCUUUACUCGGAGGUGGAGGUUAUGCAGAAUAUGUGGCUGUUCCAGAAGAGCUGGUCAUGAAAGUCCCAUCACACCUUAGUCUUUAUGAAGCUGCAGCUCUUCCCGAGACCUGGCUGACGGCCCACCAGCUUCUACACUUCAUAGCCAGAGUGAAGCCGAAUGAGACGGUGUUGAUUCAUGCUGGAGCGAGUGGAGUUGGCACUGCUGCUGUUCAAUUGGUCCGCUUGAGUCGCGCCAUUCCUGUAGUAACAACUGGGAGCCCUGAAAAGAUCAGAUUUGCAGAGCAGAUUGGAGCCUCUUUGGGAAUCAAUUACAAAGAGGAGGAUUUCUCUGAGAAAGUGUUGCAGUUCACUAAAGGUAAGGGAGCUGAUGUAAUUCUGGACUGCAUUGGUGGAUCUUAUUGGGAGAAGAACAUUAGUAGCCUUGCAGUUGAUGGACGAUGGGUGCUUUAUGGCAUGAUGGGAGGUAAAACAGCAGACGGAGACCUGCUUGGCAAACUUUUGAGGAAGAGAGGCCAUCUUCUGUGCAGUCUCCUCAGAUCAAGAAGUCUACAGUAUAAAGCAGAGCUGGUCCAGAGUUUCACCGAGCAGGUUUUGCCACACUUCAAGUCAACAGAUUCCCCUUUGCGGCCUGUCAUUGACAGCAUGUUCAGCAUGGAGGACGCUGAAGCGGCUCAUCAACACAUGGAGGCCAACAGAAAUACUGGGAAAAUAAUUAUCAAAAUUGGAGAGCCUUGAUUCUAUUAAUAUCAAAUACAAUCUGCAAUGCUUUUGUUAUAACAUCUAUGAUUUACAGAGAAACAGUAAUGUUUCAUUGGCAAUAAACUAAAUAAUUAUGUUCCCGGUUUAGGUAUUGAAACUACAAAAUGGUAAAUAUAAAAAAGAUUAAAAGACUGGUAUAAAUAUUUUAAAGAAGAUAGUGAGAUGAAAACUUGCAUUUUAGGAUGAAAAAGUUUAUUUAUGUUUGUUUGUUUUAUUAAUUUAUUGUUUACCUGAGUGGAAAGUUGUCUUUGGCUCAACCAACACAGCCAAAUUGUAAUGACAUACAAUAGAAUAAAAUCACAAUCAUGACAAAUGUCAUAAAAAUGUAAUAAAAUAAAAUAGAAAAUCUGUAAAAAUAAAAGAAAUUUGAUUUUAAUAAUAUUUUUAUGACAUUUUUUAUAAUAAAUUGUUUCCCAGUAAUGGGUUGUGGCUGGAAGGCCAUCUGCUGUGUAAAACAUAUGCUGGAUAAGUUGGCGGUUUAUCCUGCUGUGGUGACCAGUGGUGUUGUCCUAAUAAAAAGGUGGUGUACUAUUACCCACCCAA